AUGGACUUUUGGAGGCGCGCGGCCGGAAAAUCGAAACUGGAUAGAGUUAGAAAUGAAAGAAUUCAGAACAUCAUGGGCGUUAAACACCGAAUAUCAGAAGACAUCAAAAUUAACAAACUCAGGUGGUACGCGCACGUACAAAGAAUGGAAGAGAACAGAAUCCCGAAAAAAAUACUCAAUUGGACACCACAAGGCAAACGCAAGACAGGGAGACCUAGACGGAAUUGGAGAGAAGGAAUAGACGGGGACAUCACAACAAGAGGAAUAGACGAAAACCUCUGGACAGACAGAGACCAAUGGAGACUGGAAAUCAGAAGACGUCGAAGAACGUUAUAA